AUGGCCGACGCUAUCAACAAGGAUAUCGUCUGCAAGGACAAUGAGGAUUGGAAGCCGAUUAUUUUCGAUACGGAUGGACUUCCAAGGGCUAAAUUGAUUGCGCAUUACUUGGCGAUGGAUAUUGGUGUUGUUACGCCCUCAAAAGAUGGCAUGAACCUCGUGGCCAAGGAGAUGCUCAUCUGCAACCCGGAGGCUGGGUUGAUUUUGUCUUCAGGCGCCGGAACCGACGUCCAGCUUGGCAACGCCGGUUUCUACACUGAAGAAUCACGCUGCUACCACCGCAUCAGCGACAUCGCCAAUGUCGAAGAGUUCGCCGAAGCGUUCUACGCGGCUGCGAUGGAGGAGAAGGAAGACAAAGUCGCCAAUGGAUCCCGCCUCAGCAACUUCUUGAAAUCCCACGACAUCGACGAGUGGAGCACAGCCUUCUUGGACCCGUCGUGGACCCACGAGGUCAUCAGAUUGGUCCCUGUCACGCAGCUCUCCGACUUCUACGUGUUGAUGGACAAGACGGCGCAAAACUCGCUGGAAAACUCGUGCAAACCCGCCGGAACUACCCAUUUGACCCUGCAGACCGAUGCGGAAGACGGGGAAGUGCUUUCGAUAAAGUACGACAUCCACGACGAGCUGUCGGAGCUGCACAAGGACUUGGCAUUCCUGCAGUUUAUCCAGAGUGACGAUACUCAUAAUGUCGAAAGCUUUGUUGAGACGCUAAGUGGCUUCCACCCGGAUGGUCCGGCCAUAUUCCACGAAGAAGUGGCGAGGGCGGUGGAGUUGUUGAAUGAAGGCGACCACUUCCAACACUUCUUCACCGAUCGCGACGGCACCCUGAAGAGCUACUCCUGUUCCUACCCCACAUCCGUCCAACCCGCCUACUCGGCCGUCAUCCAGGCCCAGUUUGCCCGGAAAUGCGCCCAAGUGUGCGCGAUCGUCACCACGAGUCCGUUGGUGCACAUCGGAAUCUUGAACAUGCUGACGUUGCCUGAAGGCUACUACGCAUAUGGCGCAUCGGCAGGUCGUGAAUGGUACAUUAACCCGGCGCUCCAGUUUAAGGACGACAGCCUCAGCGAUGAGGACCUGAACCUGUUGAAUUUGGCUUUUGAGAAAGUUGAAGACCUCCUCGCCAAACCCCAAUUCCGGAAUUUCACCUGGAUCGGCUCUGGCCUUCAAAAGCAUUAUGGGCACAUCACGAUCGCCCGGCAAAACCAGGAGAAGAGCAUGCAUCGCGUUCUCGGGAAUCUGCUGUCUGCCGAGGUCCAAAAAAUCGUCAAGGAGCUUGAUCCGGAUGGUAGCAGCCUAGUUUUGAAGGAUGGCGAGUUCGAGAUCAAGAUUUAUACCAGGACCUUUGAUAGUGAGAUGAACAUCGAUGGUAAAAUCUUCAACAAGGGCCAUGGCGUCCGGCUUCUAAAGAAAAAGCUGAACCUCAAAAUGCAGAUAGGAAACAUUCUGGUCUGUGGCGACUCGGAGAACGACCUGCCAAUGUUGGAGGAGUGCCUGGAAGAAGCGAAAGAUCGGGUUUAUACGCUUUGGGUCACGAGGAGCAAGCCAUUAAAGGAGAAGGUCAGCAAGCUAUGCGCACAGUACGGCAAUUCGCACGUCGGCUUCGUUUCUUGCCCUGGGGUCCUGCUCGGCGCUAUGGCCCAAGCGACCGUCCGUGUAUUCAAUAUGCGUCCCAUCAGUGGUGAAGAAGAUACGGCCGCCUUCGAGGAUGAGCUA